AUAUGAUCUUGAAAUUGAUAAAAGCUGCUUGAACUAUGGGUGCCGCAUGUGUGCAGUUUUCAAGAAUAAGAGAUUUAAUGGCCGCCUAAUUGAUAAAGUAACACAACACUUCCCUGCAUGAGACGCUUGGUUUCCAGAGCUGACAUUUAAGAAAUGACUGAAAAUCUUAAGCGUCAGGCACCGGCACCAAACUCAUUUGGAAAGCAAAACCAGUGAAAAAACCUUGCAGCGCUGCCAACUUUGCAGGAAUCUCAGAUCCUUCUCUGCACAGCUUGCUUUAACUUCCUGUAGCGUUCAUGGCUAAACAAGCGAGAAUGGAAGGUGUAGACAGGAUAAGCAAUUUACCAGACCCGAUUUUAAGUCACAUCCUAUCGUUCCUUCCGACAAAAGAAGCAGUUGCAACCUCCAUUUUGUCUACCCGGUGGAGUAAGAUUUUUUCUCAGAUAUCUAAUCUUAACUUGGAUGAUCAUUGUAAAAGGAGGAAGUCUGAUAGUUAUAGUUUCAUGAAUUUUGUGGAUCGAGUUCUGUUUUACCGCAUUGGGGUUGUGGAUAAAUUUCAUCUCAAGUGUGGAGACUCUAUUGAUUCCUACCGGGUUGAUGGAUGGAUACGAUAUGCGUUAUUGAACAGGGUUAGAGAGCUUGAUUUAUGCCUUAAGGUUAAGGAGUUAAAUAUGGUGCCUCUUGGGGUAUUUACUUGCAAGACAUUGGAGGUAUUGAGACUGGACAUAUACAGCAAGAGCAAUAUUGUCCUGAAACUGCCUGUUGAAAUUUGUUAUCCUAGUCUCAAGAUUCUCCAUCUUUCCGGUAUUGAAUUUUCAGAUGAUGAUUCAAUUCAAAGACUCUUUUCUGGCUGCUCCGUGCUUGAGGAAUUGGUUGUAGAUAGAUGCAACUUGAAACACAGAUGUAAAUUCAAUGUCUCUAGCCCUACACUGCAGAGAUUGACCAUAGCCUAUACUAAGGGCUAUUACCAAGAUUAUGAGAUUGUGAUUGAUGCCCCUAGCCUUGUCUACUUCAAAUGCUGUCACCUACCAAAAAGCUUCUUGCUGAAAAAUCUGAACUCUCUUGUCGAAGCAUGUGUUGAUUUCGGGACAGUUUUUGAUUGUUAUGACUCUUUUGUCUAUUAUAAUAAAGCUGCAACUGAUCUAUUUAAAGGCAUCAGUAAUGUUCAAUCACUUCAUUUAUCUGGUAUAUUUGCAGAGGUUUUCCUACAAGUUAGUAACAUAAUCCCCGAGUUGCCUAAACUGACUUAUUUGAAUCUUGAUGGCUACUUCUUUGUUGGGUGGGAAAGAGUGCUUCCAGAUUUACUGGCAUGUUUUCCCGGUCUAGAAGCGCUUGUUUUUAAGGUCAACCAGCAUUAUUCAUGCGACAUCAGCAGAGUCAAGUUUCCAGCCAAGGCAUUUCCUGCCUUUCUGUGGUCUCAACUUAGGACAUUUAAAAUUUUGUCAUUCAAAGGUCAGAAAAAUGAGUUCCAAAUGGUUGAGUAUUUUCUCGAGUAUGCCCAAGUUCUGGAGAAUUUCACGGUACAGACUAGAGAAAGAAAACAGGAUGCAGCAAAUUGGAGGUCAAAGAUCACUAAAAAAUUGUCGAAAUUACCAAAAGUCUCCAAGAAAUGUAAGGUCUGGGUUGUCUAAGUUUUCUCAAACUUUCUCAUGAACUGAAUUAGAUUGCAAAUAUAUGCCUCUAUCUUUUUGUUGUGUGAGAUAGUGAUGGUUGUCAGAUCUUCACAACUAUGGUGUUAUCAAUGACUAGUUAAGU